AGCUCCCACGGAGAAUAGAAACCGAAACUUGCAGCCGGAAGAUCGCCCAGCUGAUUGAAUUUCAAGCCGAGCGACAGGAUCAGGAUUCAGGAGGGAAACCAACACCCCGCUGUGUUUCCCCGCUGUGUUUCCCCAGCGGGCGAAGUUGUAAGUUUGGGAGCCGAGGUCUGGAUUGCUUUCCACGUGCGCGGAGACGGAAUCACCUCCCUUUCCCAAGCGGUUCCCCGCCGGCGGCUCCAGCAGCAGCAGGAUGGAAGCGGCCGCCAGCCCAUCCCGGGACGAGUGUGUCCUCUACUUGAUCUCUUGCUUUAGGAACAGGAUCAAGGCCAGCGUCCAAGUGAAUCGAGUGCUGGAUAUGAUGCCGUCCCUCAGCCUCGACCAAAAACUUCAGCUCCGCGCCGUGGCUAAAGAAAAGGGGAACGUGGAAGCCGCGGAGAAGCUGCUCUCUGUGGUGGAGAAAGAGGCCGCCGACUCGCCGGGCUUAUGCCAGCAGUUUUGCGAGGCGCUGGUGCGAGGAGGCUACGGCGCCGCCAAUUACCUGGACCCCAGCCUGAGCGAAUUGCCCUCGCCCUCUUUGGAAGCGAUCGGCGACCUGGGCAAGGCUCUGGUGAACCUCUUCUUCGAUCGCCUCACCGACACGCUGCAGGCUACUCAGGUGGCUGUCCAGUGUUUGGGAAGGGGGCUCUUGGAUCUGGAAGACAUGGAGCGGCAGGAAAUUGGGCACUGUUGGAUUUUGGGAAGCAUCACCUACCACCUAGCAAAGAGGAUAAAGAAGCAGAAAGCCAAGACAAUGGAGGCCUAG